CUCUCCCUUCCGAUCGUUGCGCUUCGAAGACUCGGUCUCAUUUCCUCAGAUAAACUCUUCCAUCGCUUUAUAUUUUUUCGGACACUCAUUUUCUUUAGCUUUUCCUUGCCUCCUUUUACUCUUUUUUUUUCAACUUAAUGUUAUUAUGUUCAGAGGCUCUUAUUUUUUCCCCUUCGUUGCUCUUCUUUUUUCGAAUUGGAUAAUUUGAUCGGAUUUUCUACCAUUACUUUUACAAUUUAAGUUUUCUCGCUGGGAAAAAAUGGGAGCCUUGAGGAUUCUCUUUGGCCUUUUGCUGAUUACCGUUACAUCGUGGAUAGUGUUCUUUUAUGCUUUGAAGUUGCUGUUUUGGAUUCUAAGCAAGACUGUGGGAAUAUCUAUUGAAUUCCAAAUUGGAGGAUGGAAUUGUUUGAAGGAUAUUGCGGUGAAGUUAAAAAAGGGUGCUCUUGAAUCCUUAGUGGUCAGUGAAAUUAAGCUCACUUUAUGUCAGCCCUCGGUUAAACUUGGGAAUGGCAUUAUUUCUAAGAAUCUGAAGCUGCAGUUGGUAAUAAGUGACCCAGAAAUUGUACUGAGGCCUAAAAGUAAAAGCUCUUCAAGUAAAAGCUCAAAGAAAGCUAAAUCCAGUAAACCUCGCUCUUCAGGCAAGGGCAAAAAGUUGAUGGCUGUAGGUAACAUUGCAAGAUUUUUGUCAGUUUCUAUUACAGAUUUGGUUUUGAAGACACCUAAAGCAGCUAUUGAAGUUAAGGGAAUCAAACUAGAUAUAUGUAAAGAUGGUGGCUCUAAACCCAACUUGUUUGUUAUAUUACAAAUAUUACCAAUUUCUGUCCAAGCUAUUCAGCCGCUCUCUGGUGUUAUGGAAAAGCCUUCUGCUCCUUCUUGCUGUGAAGAGUUUUCUUUCUCUUGUGAAUUUGGCAAUGAUGGGGAAGCUGGUUUAGUUGUCCGAAAUGUGGACAUUAACUUUGGAGAGAUUAUUGUAAACCUCAAUGAGGAGCUGCUGGCCAAGAAUAAGAAACCGCCAGAUGUUUCUUCUCAAACUGAUAAAGUUAAAGAGUCAACUGCUGAUUCCUUACCCGCUAAAAAACCUGAUAAGAAACAAGCUGCUAUUUUAGCAUUGUCAAAGCAUGCUUCUAUUUUUCCGGAAAAGAUUUGCUUCAACUUACCAAAACUAGAUGUGAAGUUUGUGCAUCGGGAACAUGAUGUUGUUGUUGAAAAUAACAUCAAGAGCAUUCAGUUGAAAAGCAUCAAAUCAAGAUCAACUGAAGAAGUGGAGAGUACACGCAUUGAUGUUCAGUUAGAAUUCAGUGAGAUACAUCUUCUUAGAGAAUCUGGCUCUUCUGUAUUGGAGAUAAUGAAAUUUGGUGUUGCCUCUUUUGUCAACAUCCCGGUACAGCCAAUCUCACCUGUUAGAGCUGAAGUUGAUGUUAAGUUUGGAGGGAUUCGGAGCACUGUUAUAAUGACUAGUUUAAAGAGAUUUUUGAAGUUGAAACCCCCUAGUACAGGAUCCAAAAAGAAAGCAAUGGUUCUUCAAGCGGAAACUUCUACUAUUCCGAAGCCACAAUCAACAGAGCCCAAAGCGAUAAUGUGGAAAUGUACUGUCUCAGUCCCAGAUAUUACAAUUGUGCUUUAUAGUAUCAGUGAUGUGCCGCUGUAUCAAUGCUGCUUACAGUCAACAUAUGUGCUUGCUAACGACAUUUCAAGCACAGGAAUCGCAGUACACGCUGAACUUGGCGAGCUGAAUUUGCAAGUGGCAGAUGAAAAUCAUGAAUGCUUGAAAGAAAACGUUUUCAGUGUUGAAUCAAAUUCAGGUUCCUUACUGAAUAUAGCAAAGGUUAGUGUAGAUUGGGGUAAAAAGGACAUGGAAUCAUCUGAAGAUGGUGGCCCUAGAUGUAAAUUAGUUCUUUCUGCUGACGUGACUGGAAUAGGCCUUUAUUUUACAUCCAAGCGAGUAGAAUCACUUAUAGUAACAGCCAUUACCUUUCAAGCACUCUUCAAAAAACCAUCUUCCGGUAAGAAAACAACACAGAGCAGGGCAGCGCGUUCAUCAAAGCCAUCAGGGAAGGGUACUCGACUUAUAAAAUUUAAUCUUAAACAGUGUUCAGUUAGUUUUUGUGGCGACACUUACUUGGAAAAUACAGUUGUGGCAGAUCCCAAGCGAGUAAAUUAUGGGUCUCAGGGUGGUCGAAUUGUUAUUAGUGUUUCAGCUGAUGGUACACCACGUACUGCAACUGUACUGUCGACAGUUUCAGAUGAAUGCAAGAAAUUAAAGUACUCUCUUUUGCUUGACAUCUUUCACUUUAGUUUGUGUGUCAACAAGGAUAAACAAUCCACACAGGUCGAGCUUGAAAGAAUCAGAUCUAUCUAUCAGGACCAUCUCGAAGAAGAUAAACCAGACAAAAAAGUUGAAUUAUUUGAUAUGAAGAAUGCAAAAUUUGUACAACGCUCUGUUGGCCAUAAGGAGAUAGCUAUUUGCUCUUUGUUCAGUGCUACUGACAUCUCCAUCACUUGGGAGCCCGACAUGUGUCUGUCUUUUGCUGAACUUGGUUUGCAACUGAAAGCACUGGUUCAGAAUGAGAAGGCUAAACACAAGGGACCUGGAAAUGAACACGCAGAUAAUAUCUCCAGCGAAAAAGAUGCUGAGCAGAGGAAAGAAGUCAUUGGGGUGGAAUCGGGUCAUGUUGAUAAACCAAAGAAAAAAGAAUCUGUUUUUGCUCUUGAUAUAGAGAUGCUAAGUAUAUUUGCCGAAGCUGGAGAUGGAGUUGAUGCAUUUGUGCAGGUUCAGUCAAUUUUCUCUGAGAAUGCCCGCAUAGGGGUACUUCUUGAAGGACUGAUGCUUAGUUUCAAUGGAGCCCGGUUAUUGAGAAGUGGCAGAAUGCAAAUUUCCCGUAUUCCCAAUGUUUCCAGCUCAUCUGAUCCAAAUGUACCAGUUGUCACUGUGUGGGAUUUCGUGAUUCAAGCACUUGAUGUUUAUAUUUGCUUGCCUUUCAGGCUGGAGUUGCGUGCCAUUGAUGAUGUUGUUGAAGAGAUGAUACGAGCUUUGAAGAUUGUAAUUGCCGCUAAAACUCAGCUAAUUCUUCCUCCGAAGAAAGAUAACCCGAACCCGAAACCUAAAAAGCCUAGUUCAUCAAAAUUUGGAUGCGCAAAGUUCUUUAUACGCAAGCUGACUGGUGAAAUUGAGGAAGAACCAAUCCAAGGAUGGCUUGAUGAGCACUAUCAGCUAAUGAAGAAAGAGGUCAUUGAGUUAGGUGCUAGGUUGAAACUUUUUGAUGAUUAUAUUUCGGCCAAUCAGUGUCCUAAAACUACUGAAACUAAUGAUUCUUCUUCUGAAAGAAGGGUCCACUAUAAUGGAACUGAGAUUGAUAUGCAAGAUCCUUCAGCAAUCCAAAAAAUGAAAGACGAGAUAUAUAGACAGUCUUUUCAAUCCUAUUACUUAGCAUGUCAGAAGGUAAAACCAGCGGAAGGCUCUGGUAGCUAUAGGGAAGGUUUACAGUCUGGUUUUAAGCCAAGCACCGCAAGAGUUUCUCUUUUUACUAUUUCAGGUACAGACCUGGAUGUGACCGUGACAAUGAUUGAUGGUGGAAAUGAUGGGAUGAUAGAGAUUAUAAAGCAGCUUGAUCCUGUCUGUCGUGAAACUGAAAUUCCGUUUUCCCGUCUAUAUGGGUGUAAUCUUCUCCUAAACGCCGGCAGUCUAGGUGUUCAGAUAAGAGACUAUACGUUUCCUCUUUUCUCUGCUGUUUCUGGUAGAUGUGAAGGCCGUCUUGUGAUGGCACAACAGGCAACAGCUUUUCAGCCCCAAAUAUCGCAUGAUGUCUUCAUUGGGAGGUGGAGAAAGGUCAGCAUGCUUCGUUCAGCGACUGGGACAACUCCACCAAUGAAAACAUACACAGAUUUGGGUUUACGUUUUAAAAGUGCGGAAGUGUCCUUUGGGGUGGGAUAUGAAACAGUUUUAGCUGAUGUCAGCUAUGCAUUCACUGUGGCACUUCGUAGGGCUAAUUUAAGCAAAAAGGGUCCUGGUCUUCCAGUGCAGCCAAAAAAGGAGAAGAGCUUACCGUGGUGGGAUGACAUGAGAAAUUACGUCCAUGGAAACAAUACUUUAAUCAUUUCUGAAACUAAAUGGUACAUUCAAGCAUCUAGUGAUCCUUAUGAAAAGCUUGACAAACUUCAAAUUGUUUCUGGUCCUCUGGAGAUCCAGCAAUCUGAUGGCCGUAUUUAUAGUUGUGUAAGGGAUUUUAAAGUUUUCUUGAGCAGUUUGGAGAGUUUGAUAGAUAGUCGCAGCUUAAAAAUUCCUACCAUCGUAUAUGGCCCAUUCCUAGAAGUGCCAGUCUUUAGCCUUGAGGUUUUAAUGGAUUGGGAUUGCGAGUCUGGUUAUCCCAUGAAUCACUAUCUGUUUGCACUUCCUGUAGAAGGGAAGGUUCGGGAGAAAAUGCUUGAUCCUUUCAGAUCUACUGCUCUUUCUCUCCGAUUUGACAUUGCUUUUAAAGCCCUGGUUCCCCCAUCGGACAAACAAACCCCUUCAGCGUCAGAUUCCACUGUUGUGGAUGGAACUGUCAAUGAGGCACAUUGUAAGGCUGAGAAUGUUUCAAUUGCAUCACCAACAUUUAGUUUCAAUGCACAUGACCUAGCUUGGUUGGCUAAGUUCGGGAAUUUAAUGAUUUUACCUCCUCACAAAAUCCGUUUGUUUGCUCGGUUUCCUCGUUUUGGAGUUCCACGAAUUCCUAGAUCAGGAAACUUGCCAUUAGAUAGGGUGAUGACAGAAACAAUGUUCCGUUUAGAUUCUACGCCUACUUGCAUAAAGUAUAAGACCUUUUCUGAUGAUGAUCCAGCAAAAGGACUGACAUUUAGUACAACAAAGUUUAAAGUUGAAGUCUGUUCCAGCAGGGGUAAGCAAAAAUUUACUUUUGAUUGCCAGCGUGAUCCUCUUGAUCUUGUUUACCUGGGGGUUGACCUUCAUUUGCUGAAGGGUUUCUUAGACAAAGAAGAUUGCACUAGUGUCACAAAAGUAGUUCAAACUUCUCAGUCUGCAUCCAUGGAGCAAGUUCCUACUGAAAAAAGUAAUUCUACAAGUGGUUGCACAGAGAAGCAUCCUGAUGAAGGAUUUUUUUUGUCAGCUGACUAUUUUACAAUAAGAAAGCAGUCCCCAAAGGCUGAUCCUGAAAGCUUAUUGGCGUGGCAAGAGGCUGGGAAGAAACAUCAUGGAGUGACAUAUGUCAGAUCUAAAUCUGAAAAAGCGAGAGAGAGUGACGAGCAUGAACAGUCAGAUCCUAGUGAUGACGAUGGAUACUGUGUGCUUAUAGCUGACAAUUGUCAGCGUAUUUUUCUUUACAGCCUUAAAAUUCUGAUGAACGUAGAGAAUCGAGAUGCUGUGAGGUCUUUUGGUGCUGCAUUAGGCAAAGCACUUGUACCUCGAAAGUCUUGUGCUUCUCGGCAGUAUAGACAGAGGAAGUUACUCGAGGAGAAACAGAGACUUGCUGAACAGAAACUUGCUGAACCUGAAAUGCCUCAAGAGGAUGCUCUGAAGUCACCUUCAACAAACAAUGCUGUGCCUUCCCCUUCUCAAAAUACGGAGACAUCGGGAUCAGAUUCAUCUCUACCGCAAGCAGCUGGAAUGGAAAAUUCAUCUACUGCUGCAGUUGAACAAGCAAAAACUGAAAAGGUUGAUGGUUCUGAAGAGGAGGGGACUCGUCAUUUUAUGGUGAAUAUUAUCGAGCCUCAAUUCAAUCUUCACUCUGAAGACGCUAAUGGGAGAUUUCUUCUCGCUGCUGCUACCGGUCGUGUUUUAGCCCGAUCUUUUCAUUCAGUUCUUCGUGUCGGCUCUGAGGUGAUUGAGAAAGCACUUGGUACUGGAAAUGUUCAGAUUCCUGAAGGUGGGCAUGACAUGACUUUGAAACGGAUGGAGUUUUCUGUGAUGCUGGAGCAUGUGCAGGCUCAUGUUGCACCAACUGAUGUGGAUCUUGGUGCUGGAGUACAAUGGCUUCCAAAAAUCCGUAGAAGUUCUCCAAAGGUCAAGCGUACUGGUGCUCUACUUGAAAGAGUGUUUACGCCUUGUGAUAUGUACUUCAGAUUCACAAGGCAUAAAAGUGGAACCCCAGAAUUGAAGGUGAAGCCGUUAAAGGAUCUCAGCUUUAACUCUCAGAGCAUAACAGCUUCUAUGACAUCUCGUCAAUUUCAGGUUAUGCUGGAUGUAUUAACCAACCUUCUCUUUGCUCGGGCUCCCAAGCCUCAAAAAAGUUGGUUCUCUUGUCCUGGAGAAGAUGAUGAAGAUGAAGAGGAGGCGGCAGAUGCAGUGGUUCCUGAUGGUGUUGAAGAGGUAGAACUUGACAAAAUCACUCUUGAGCAGAAAGAAUGGGAGCUUAGGUUGCUACUCAGUGACAUUAAGAAGAUAUCUAUUCAUUGUGAUACUUCAGGAGACAAUCCAGAAAAAGAAGGUGAUUGGUGGAUGGUAAAUGGUGGGAAAUCAAUUCUGGUGCAAGGGCUGAAGAAAGAACUUGUUAAUGCAAAAAAAUUUAGGAAGGAAGCAUCAGCAGCCUUACGGGUUACAAUGCAGAAAGCAGCUCAGCUACGGCUAAUGGAGAAAGAAAAGAACAAAAGCCCAUCCUGUGCCAUGCGAGUUUCUGUGCAAAUUACCAAAGUUGUGUGGAGCAUGCUUAUGGAUGGUAAAUCAUUUGCUGAGGUAGAGAUAAAUGACAUGAUUUAUGAUUUUGAUCGUGAUUACAGAGAUGUUGGUGUGGCUCUAUUUACAACUAAGUCUAUUAUUAUAAGAAACUGUCUGGCUAAUGCAAAGUCUGAUACACUUUUAUCAGCCUGGAAUCCUCCUCCAGAAUGGGGAAAAAAUGUCCUGCUCCGCGUUGAUGCAAAGCAGGGAACUCCAAAGGAUGGAAACUCUGUUCUGGAGCUUUUACAGGUAGAUAUAUAUCCGCUUAAGAUUCAUUUGACUGAGGCAAUGUACAGAAUGGUGUGGGGAUAUCUCUUCCCGUCAGAAGACCAAGAUUCGCAAAAACGAAAGGAAGUUUGGAAGGUCUCGACAGUAGCUGGUGCAAGACGGGCAAAGAAGGGUUCCAUUGAUGCUUCAUCGGGCAGCCAAGCAUCAAAGGAGUCUGAGGCAUCUUCCAAAUCGAAUGUGUCCAUUACCGAUCAGUCAACAGAUUCCCCCCGAACAUCAAAGUUGCCAGACCUAAAACCUGGCACUGGGCUGAGGAGAACAUCUUCUUUUGACAGAACAUGGGAAGAUACUGUUGCAGAAUCCAUAGCUAACGAACUUGUCAUGCAAGCUCAACUACUUGAUGAUCAAGAUGAAUCCUCGAAAAAUAAAACAAAAGACGGGAAAUCUGCUAAAUCAGGUCGACCAGCUCAAGAAGAGAAGAAGGUUGUUGGAAAACCCAUUGAAGAGAAAAAAACUACUAGGCCUCCGAAACUGAUUGAAUUUCGCAAUAUCAAGAUAAGUCAGGUUGAGCUGUGUCUUACGUACGAAGGGUCCAGAUUUGCUGUAAGUGACGUCAAGUUGCUGAUGGAUACAUUUCACCGUGUCGAGUUCACCGGAAGUUGGAGGAGACUGUUCUCUCGAGUUAAGAAGCAUGUUAUAUGGGGGGUCCUAAAAUCUUUUACUGGAAUGCAGGGUAAGAAAUUCAAAGACAAGUUACACAGUCAACAGCCAAGUAUAACUAAUAUUCCUGAUGGUGAACUCCAUCUUAGUGACAAUGAUCAGGCUUCUCAAUCUGAUCAGAAAUCGACAACCUUUCUUAAGCGUUCAACUGAUGGAGCCGGUGAUGGGUUUGUUACUUCCGUUAGGGGUCUCUUCAACAAUCAACGGCGCAAAGCCAAACAAUUUGUGCUACGAACUAUGAGAGGUGAAGCAGAGGCUGAUCGCCCGGGAGAGUGGAGCGAAGGUGAAGCCGAGAUCUCUCCAUUCGCUCGGCAGCUGACCAUAACCAAAGCUAAGAAACUUAUUAGGCGGCAUACAAAGAAGUUUGAGAAAGGUUCAGGUUCGGGUGAUCAAGAUGCAUCUCCAAUGAAUACUACUGAUCCAGCUGCUUAUGAAUCCGACUCUUCUAGCGGAUCUGAACUCAUUGAGGAACUUAGUAGGGUUCAGAAGAAAUAGAUCCAUCUCUCAUCUAACAGAAUUGAAUUGCUUGAAGACUUUGAGUAGGAGCAAACGCUACAUACACGAUCCGAUACUAUGCCUAAUCUUGAAAACACUCAUGACCGUAACUGCAACCUUAAAUUGCUGAACGUAUGCCUCUGCAUUGGCUAUGGGAUGAUAUACCCUUUUGCUUUUUUCCUAGUACUACUGAUUGUUGUUUGAAUGUCUUCUUCUGUUGUUUGAAGUGCUUCAGGCAAUUCAAAUCUGAAAAUUUUGUAGCUUGAAUUAAAUAAUUUAUUUUGCAAUAAAAAAUAAAUGUCAAAGUCCCUACCCUUUUUCUUUGGGGUAAAGCUUUUAUC